CUUUGGAGCACCUUUAAUUCUUCAUUCAGACAAUGGUCGAGAGUUUGUCAAUUCAGUUCUGGUAGAUUUACAUGCGAUGUGGCCAGAGGUAAAAAUUGUUCAUGGCAAACCUAGACACAGCCAGAGUCAAGGAUCGGUUGAGCGUGCCAAUAGGGAUAUUGAGGAAAUGUUAGGCGCGUGGAUGGAUGAAAAUCAAACAACAGACUGGCCUUCAGGAAUGAAAUUUAUCCAGUUCAAGAAAAACCGUGCACUUCAUUCUGGUAUUGGGAGAUCUCCGUACGAGGCCAUGUUCGGAUGUCCGGCUAGAGUAGGAUUAGCCUCAGCUGGCAUUCUCCAUGAUGAAAUUAAUCAUUUGUCCACUGAAGAAGAUGUUGAAACUUUGAUAGAAGAAAUGGGACGAGAGUCUAAUGACCUCGAGGAUCCUAAUCCGCAAAGGGAAAGAGGAGAUGAAGAAGGGAUAGUUCCACAAAUCAUCCAAUUCGAAUAUGAAAAUGGAACUAAUGAUACUGGAAGCGCGACUGAAAGCACGUACGAGGAUAGAAUAGUUUGCAACCAGUGCUCUACAGUCUUACCACUUGGCGAAGAAGCUAGUAAUGAUGGGAAGUGCAUUCAUUGCGAACGCCAAGAGAACAUUGUUAAUGAGCGUAAAAGAUCCAGGGAAUGUUUAGAAAAACAAGCCACCAAAAUGCUGAAACUGUCUAAUCGAAAAUUCUCCGACGUUCAAGCAGGAACUACGGUUCGUGUACCCAUACCAGACGUAGAUAGAGCUCGUGGUUCUCCCCGUAAUGUACUGGCUGUUGUUAAUAGUGUAGAAGACGGUUUAUAUAAACUUGGUACACCCCAUGGCGUGUUGAAGCAUAAAUUUACCAGGUCAGAGUUUAAUCCUUGCAUUGAAAAGUUUAUUCUAUUAGAGAACCUCAGCGAUUCCGCAAAAAAAAGAGGUUUUUUAUAUUUGCAAGAGGAUGCUACAAUACUUACAAUCUAA